AUGAUCAAGGCAGAUGCUAUCUUCAUCUUGCAGUUUCACUCCCAGAGUGGCACCUUCAGGUCUGUUUCGGAAGAGGAGCAGGCCUUGCGGACUAAACUUGAGCGACUGGCCACCAGUGACCAUGGUCCUGUGUUUGGGAAGUGUGAGAAAAUCCCUGAACACACCCUGCAAAAGGCUAAAGAUGAAUUGAACGAGACCCCAGAGAAACGGCAGUUAGCAGUGAAAGAGCUGCAGGAACUUAUUCAGGAGAAAGCUCAAGGAGAAGACAUCUGCAAAGCAGUUGCUGAGAAAAUGCAGGGGAAGGAUGACGCUUUCUUCCUUCGUUUCAUGCGUGCCCGGAAGUUUGAUGUCAACAGAGCUUACGAUUUGAUUAAAGGUUACGUCAACUUCCGUCAGCAGUAUCCAGAACUCUUUGAAAACCUGGCACCCGAAGCAAUACGUAGUACCAUUGAAGCUGGCUACCCUGGCGUUUUGUGCAACAGGGACAGAUAUGGUCGGGUGGUGCUGCUGUUCAACAUAGAGAACUGGGAUUACGAAGAGAUCACGUUUGAUGAGAUCCUUCGUGCCUACUGCCUGAUCUUGGAGAAGCUGCUGGAGAAUGAGGAAACCCAGAUUAAUGGCUUCUGUAUCGUUGAAAACUUCAAGGGAUUCACCAUGCAGCAAGCCUACGGUAUCAAGCCUUCUGAACUGAAGAAAAUGGUGGACAUGCUCCAGGAUUCCUUUCCAGCUCGGUUCAAAGCCAUCCAUUUCAUCCAUCAGCCUUGGUAUUUUACCACCACCUACAACAUUGUCAAACCAUUCCUGAAGAUCAAGCUUCUGGAAAGGGUAUUUGUGCACGGUGAUGAACUGGACUCCUUCUUCCAAGAGAUAGAUGCUGAUAUCUUGCCAGCAGAUUUUGGAGGCAACCUCCCCCCAUAUGAUGGCAAAGUCAUUGCUGAGAAGAUUUUUGGGACCUCGAUGGACACGGAAGACACAACUCUCUAA